AUGACAUCAUCUAACGGGAAGAAAGCUGUGUCGAAGAAAAUAUCGACGACACCGUGCUGUACGAAGAUGGGGAUGAAGAGAGGACCAUGGACGGUGGAGGAGGACGAGAUUCUUGUGGACUUCAUAAAGAAAGAAGGCGAAGGAAGGUGGCGAUCGCUUCCCAAGAGAGCUGGUUUACUCCGAUGCGGAAAGAGCUGCCGCCUACGGUGGAUGAACUAUCUCCGGCCGUCUGUAAAACGAGGCGGUAUCACCUCCGAUGAGGAAGAUCUCAUCCUCCGCCUUCACCGCCUCCUCGGCAACCGCUGGUCACUGAUCGCGGGAAGGAUACCGGGAAGGACUGAUAAUGAGAUCAAGAACUACUGGAACACUCACCUUCGCAAGAAACUUCUAAGACAAGGCAUUGAUCCUCAAACACACAAGCCUCUUGAUGCAAACAAUAUCCUUAAACCAGGAGAAGAAGUUUCCGGUGGAAAAAAACCUCUAGAGCCUAAUUCUAGUUCUCACACUGAUGAUACCACCGUUAAUAGCGGAAAUGGAGCUAGCAAGAUAAGUGUCAGCGUCUUUGGUGAUGAAGACAACGAAGAAUUUGGUUUCUUUUACGACGACAAGUUCUCCUCGUUUCUGAAUUCGCUUAUCAAUGAUGAUCCUUUUGAUAGUAACAUUCCAAUAUCAGAGUCGAUGUUGCAAACGCACAGUUGUAAGGAUGAGAAUGUUGGAACGUCCUGCAGCUUAGGACAUGACAAGAGACCAGAAGAUAUAUAA